AUGGGGCAGCGCCUGAACCGCUGCCUCGAUGUCCCCGUCGCGUUGCCGCCGCUGAGGCGGAGGCUCCUGCUGCUCUUCAUCAUGCUCUUCCUCUGGCUCUACAUGUUUUACUCCUGCGCCGGCUCCUGCGCCGGGCUGGCGACCCGCGGCUCCCCCGCUCCGCCCCGCGCCGCCCCACCGCUUCCCCAGCUGCUGCCGCCGGCUCCGGGGGAGCCGGGCGAGGAGAGCAGCCUGGAGGAGCAACGGGCAGCGCCCGACGCCGCCAGCCCCAUCUCCAGCUUCUUCAACGGCUCCGGCAGCAAGCGGCUGCCGCAGGCCAUCAUCAUCGGCGUGAAGAAGGGGGGGACGCGGGCGCUGCUGGAGUUCCUGCGGGUGCACCCCGACGUCCGCGCCGUCGGCGCCGAGCCCCACUUCUUCGACCGCAACUACGAGCGGGGACUCGCCUGGUACAGGGACCUCAUGCCCAGGACCCUGGAGGGGCAGAUCACCAUGGAGAAGACCCCCAGCUACUUCGUCACCAAGGAGGCCCCAGCCCGCAUCUCCUCCAUGUCCAAGGGCACAAAGCUCAUCGUGGUGGUGCGGGACCCCGUGACCAGAGCCAUCUCGGACUACACCCAGACGCUCUCCAAGAAGCCCGAUAUCCCCACCUUUGAGAGCCUGACCUUCAAAAACAGGACUACGGGCCUGAUCGACACCUCGUGGAGCGCCAUCCAGAUUGGCAUCUAUGCCAAGCACCUGGAGAACUGGCUCCUCUACUUCCCCAUCGGGCAGAUCCUCUUCGUCAGCGGGGAGAGGCUGAUCAGCGACCCCGCGGGGGAGCUGGGCAGGGUCCAGGACUUUCUGGGCCUCAAGAGGAUCAUCACCGACAAACACUUCUACUUCAACAAAACCAAGGGGUUCCCGUGCCUGAAGAAGGCGGAAGGCAGCAGCAAACCCCACUGCCUGGGGAAGACGAAAGGCAGGACCCACCCCGACAUAGACCAGGAGGUGGUGCGGAGACUGCGGGACUUCUACCGGCCCUUCAACAUGAAGUUCUACCAGAUGACGGGGCAGGACUUCGGCUGGGACUGA